CUGACGGCCAGAAAAAGUUAACUGAGGCCGGCCUGAGCGCCUCGAAGAAGACGAAGAGGGCUCCUUCCCCUUCUCCGGCUACUGAGGCCGGUACUCUGGCUGUCCCCAGCGUGGACGAUAGUGGUCCUGUCGUGGACCUUACUGCUGCUGGUGAUGCUGCUCCAUCACUGCCUCUCGUCCAGGAGCCACGGACGAAGAGGGCCGGCAAAGAGAUUGCAGGUGCCACCUACCAGAAGAUGGUAGAAUACCCCGUCGGCGGGGGUGUCUUCGAUGACGUCGUCCUUGGCCACGACGUCCUGGCGCAGGCCAUGCCGGCCAAGGAUCGGGCUUACCUGAGGAAGCUCGGGGACGUGAAUAUCUACGAGGGCGGCAUGGACCUCCUCGUCCAAAGUGCCUUCAUGCUAAUGGAGAGCCACAAGAGGCAAU